UCAUAAUUUAAUUUUUUUUGCAGGUCAUCAUUACGGAGAUAAACCAUAAAAUUGGAGCUACUGGUAUCGUUAGCCAAGAGUGCAAAGCAGUAGUUGCCCAGUACGGGGAACAGAUUUUGGAACUUCUGCUCUCGGAGACACAACCACUGAAGAUUUGCUCUAAGCUUGGCCUUUGCGCCUUUGAUGGAACUCAUUCUGUUGGUAUCGGCAUUGAGAGUGUGGUGAAAGACAAUGGUGACAAAUAUGAUUUCGGAAGGAGUGAUCCCAUGUGCUCUGCUUGUGAGAUGGCUGUUGUUUGGAUGCAAAAUCAACUUAAGCAGAACCAAACUGUGGAAUUAAUACUUAACUAUGUCAAUCAGUUGUGCGAGCGACUGCCCAGCCCCAUGGGAGAAUCUGCUGUUGACUGUAACUCCUUGUCCUUAAUGCCAGCUGUUUCUUUCACCAUUGGUGGCAAGAAAUUUGACCUCACUGCAGAACAGUACGUUCUAAAAGUGGGUGAAGGACCUAUCGCACAAUGCAUCAGUGGAUUCACAGCCUUGGAUGUUCCCCCUCCUCGUGGUCCUCUCUGGAUCCUGGGAGAUGUGUUCAUGGGAGUCUAUCACACAGAGUUCGACUAUGGAAACCUGAGGGUUGGAUUUGCGAAAGCAUCAUGAAUGCGACUGCCCAUCCUCUUGAGUUUUCCGAUAAUAAAUGAAAACUAGUUAUCUUUUGAUGUUUUUUAGAUCAUAUAAUAUGAAACUAUAAAUCAUCUAUAUAAAUGAUAGAAGAAAGAGCCUGCUGCCUUUGUGAUGUGAAUAUAUGCUUCAGAGGAUUGCUAAAUGAAUCAAAUUGUGGAUUCGUGGCUUUGUAAUCUAUUACAGUCGUUUCGUAUCAGUUUCUUCUACUGCA